GAAGACAGAAGUUGUGACUGCCUUCUGUGGAUGUCUGAUGCAACAGCGUUCCUGCAAAUCAUCUUCUGUGUACUUAAAUGAUCAAAUCAUGUGAUUGCCACUGCAGGGCAACAGUGCUGACAAGGGCACUCAUUGCUUCAUUUUUAUUUUACGCAGUGGAAAUUUGGCUGCAGGCUUUGACUGACACAAGAUUGUCUCAGAGGUAAUAUGGUGCACCGUGAAAGGAGACCCUUAAACAAUGUGGAACUUGUCCCACCUUCUCCUAUACUUGCUGACUUCACAAUGAGUAUCCAGUGACCCUGACGUGUCCUCUGGAGUUCUGUGAUGCUCUCUCAGCACCCCCCAUAGUACACCUCUAAGUGAUGAAGGCCUCUCAUGCACUCCUCAUCCUCUCCCUCCUCUACAGGAUUAUGAGUGUGUCAGGAAAGACUAUAGAAGAAAUGGUGGAGGACUGGAACCGCUACAGAAAUGAAUGUCUGCUCCAGAUGAGUGCAGAACCCAGACCCAAAGGAGUGUUUUGCAGUCGUAUGUUUGACGAAUAUGCUUGCUGGACAGACGGAAAACCCAACUCUACAGUCAAGGUGCCCUGUCCCUGGUACCUGCCUUGGUACGACCGAGUGCAUAGUGGCUUUGUGUUGCGGGAGUGUGGCCCUGAUGGUCAGUGGGCCACCAGCAACUCCAGCCCAACCUGGAGGGACCAUUCACAAUGUGACACUGAAAACAACCAGCAGGAGGUUCAGGAGAAGCAGAUGCUGAUUUUAGUCUACUUCAGAGUCAUGUACACAGUGGGCUACUGUGCUAGUCUGGUCAGCCUCUCUCUGGCUCUGAUUAUUCUGCUAUUCUUUAGUAAGCUGCACUGCACCAGAAACUACAUCCACACCAACUUGUUUGCAUCGUUUAUCCUGCGAGCUGCUUCUAUCCUGACCAGAGACGCUCUGCUGAGCAGAAACCCUCCUGAAUUCAGCGACAACGGGGACAUCUACGAAGUCUUUACUAACCAGGAAGUGUUCGGCUGCCGUGUGGCUCAGGUGCUGAUGCAGUACUGCGUGGGAACCAACUACUUCUGGCUGCUGGUGGAAGGCCUAUAUUUACACAACCUGCUGGUGCUGGUGUACUCUGAAAACCGCUACUUCUGUGGAUACCUACUCAUAGGCUGGGGCACUCCAGUGUUAUUCGUCGUUCCUUGGAUCAUUGUGCGCUACCUGUUUGACAACACAAAGUGCUGGGAGAUAAAUGAAAAUCUGGCAAACUGGUGGAUCAUUCACAUCCCCAUCCAGCUUGCCAUUAUGGUGAACUUCUUUUUCUUCAUCCGCAUCAUCCACAUUCUUGUAUCCAAACUGAAAGCCCAUCAGAUGAGACUCACAGACUACAAAUUCAGACUGGCCAAAUCCACCCUGACCCUGAUUCCUCUGCUAGGGAUCCAUGAAGUGGUGUUUGCAGUGUUGACAGAAGAGCACACAGGGGGAGUCCUUCACAAUAUCAACCUCUUUUUCCAGCUCUUCUUCAACUCUUUCCAGGGUUUAUUUGUAGCCAUCCUCUAUUGUUUUGUUAACAAGGAGGUGCAAGCAGAAAUAAGGAAGGCAUGGCAGAGGUGGAAGCUGGGGAUGACUAACCUGGAUGACCUGAGAAAAAAUGUCAGCAACACGCCACAGGUUGGUGCCACCAUGUCUUCAAACAGUCAGUCUCUUCAGCUGUGAACUGUCCACUGCCGAAAGGUCAACACCUCUGCACUUCCUCACCCUCAGCUUCCCAUUCCUCACCUCCCCAAUCACCAACAAGGCCUGCUGGGAAACAGACACCCAGGGACCCACAGCUACAUCUAUCCUCAUUGACAGAAUGGAGGAGAGAAUGAACAUUGUAAAAUCUACUGCAAAAAAAUUUGCAUGGCCUAAAAAGAAAGACUUAAAGACACUCUUGGGCUAGUAGACCCAUUUCCUGUCGGUAAAUAAAGAGGGCUGCGCGCGCACCCUGGCAACGGAAGCAUGGCGGCUAGCAGUGGCUUAUCAAGCCAUGCGGUGCAUUAUCAGUAAAAGAUCGCGAAAAACACUUUAAAAAGAUCACUUUAACAAAUGGCAAGAGGCUCCCAGAUCCCUGUACACUUACCGAACGGGACUAUGACGUUAGUAAGUGGCCCAAUAUUCAGUUGCCUGAUAUUUAUUUGUAUUUAGUUGAAAAACCUAGAGUGUACACUAGAGAGAAGCUGCGAGCAUACAAAUCUAUGGAGGCCUAUGAUUACGCAAUUUGUGGACAGGUACAGGUGAGAUACAAGGACACUGACUAAGAGUUUUGUGUUUUGAUGUCUGAAAUCCUACCCAGCCAAAGGCAAGGGCAGAAGACUAUGAUGUAUGAGGCAUGGGUGAUCAUCAACAAAGUGGAGAACUACAUACACACAGCAAACUGCACCUGUAUGGCGGCGACUCCAGCCACUUUAUUGUUUAUGUCCCCCCUGUCUCUAAUUGUGUGGGAACCGACAGCUCGUCAGCAUAUUUUGCACUGAUUUCACUUUAUUUGCCACAACAGAGCACACGCGUGCAUUGUUGAUGGUAUCCUCCGUCCAAUCCGCUGGCUUGAUAGCCUGGAGCCACAGCCGCCUUCGGUUGCUCUGAAACGGCUGAGAGCCCAUUGGCAUGCGGUAGAACUUAUGUCCCUCUUGAGUAUUUCGGUUCGUACAACCAAAAACACAACAGCCUGACAUUAUGAUGCCGACAGUUCAGCGUGAGCUUUUAGUUUUGCUACUCUGUGUGGUGCGAACAAUGCCAGGUAAAUGAUAUGAAGCGGUACUUCCGUUGCCUUGAUGCGCACGCAGCUUGUUGAUGACGUAGGCUCUGAUGGGGUCUAUUGACUAAGGCAAAGCAGACGUAAGAUUAUUGUUUUGUUUUGUUUUUUUAAAAAUGGAUGUAUGGAUUCAAAAUUUUUUGCAGUGCCAGAAGUUGUUCCAUUUACUUUGUGAAAACACCAGCUCUAUUGGGAGCAAAGCAGCCCCAGAGCAUAAUACUGCCACCACCAUGCUUGAUGGACGUAUGUUGUUAUUGGGGUUAAAUACUUCACUUUCUAUCCAUCAAACAUUUUUGGUCAUUGUUGCUCAAUUUUUAUUUCAUCUGUGAUAUGAUUUGAGCAAUUUAGUAAAAAUAUACAAGGAACAACAUAAUAUAUACGAACAAAUUUAAAGAACCAGAGAAAGUAUGAAAGUAGGGUUUCAGUUUUUGAAGGAAAGUUUGCAGUUUGAAAUCCUGCAUGAGGGAUUUUCACCAUUUAAAAAGCAGUCAGCUCAGAUCACACAGAAAGUUGUACAGAAACAGACCAACAGCAGCUGCACUUAGGUAUCAAGUAUUUCAUUACCCCUUGUGUGGUCAAUUAAAGCAACAGAGUAAAUCUCAAGCUUUUCCUUGCUCAGCUGGCUUUGAUCUCUGAUGCCUUUGUCAAAGGGAAAAGAACACACGGAAACGUCAUUUGUGGAUUUUAACUCAAUUUGAAUUAAAAGGCUCAUAUCCUGUGGCACAAACAAACAGCUGACAGGAAUCGUCCUCUCUAAUUGUAUUUCCACACAGGAAACAAUAUGUUAUUUCUUGUUCUAUCUCAGAAAUAGUUGUGUUUAUAGGUGGAAAUGUACUAAUCCUGUUUAACUGAUUUUUUUUAUGUCACUAAAGUGGAUGAAGUCACAGCUGCACCCUCUUAAUGAGGAAAGACAAACCUUCAGUCAUCUGAAGUAUCUAAGAUAAUUGAUUCUAAUUCAGUUUGCUCGCUGCAGACAAUUUUUCUUAAAAUUUUUCUUGUAGUGUAGACUGAUCUUUUAAAGCAAUGUUGUUUUUUAAACCGUUGUCUUACAAAUCAGUGCAGCCAAGCAAAAAGAAUGCUUGAGGAACACUCCUGAAGGUCAAUCCGAUGAAGACAUAAUGUAGUCCAACCUGAAGUGCUUGAAGUAUGAAAUGCAUGUGCAAUACAGUACUGGUUGCUCAGUAAACAGAAUUCUAAGGAAA